AUGGAGAGUUUGUCUAUUGACGGUAAAGGAUUAAUAUCAUUAACUUUAGAAGUUUGUAACAUUUUUACUGGAGCAACUAGUUUAAAGUCAAUUAAAUUUACUGAUUUUGUAAGAAUUAAUUUCGAUCCUAAUGUGCUCUCGCUUCUUAGUCAAACGCUGACACAUCUCGAAAUUUCAAAAUCAACAGAUCCAAAUCAGUACUUCAGAUCUCGUUUGCCUGACUUAUUACAAGAUUCAAAUCUACAAAAAAUAGAAUUUUUAAAUUUCCAGCAGCAUAAUAUUACUAACAUCAGCUUGUCAAAACACAUUUUUGAGUCUAGUAAAGAUUCAAUCAAAAUCCUUAAUUUGGCUAAUUUACAUGUUAUAAGUUUAACAAAUGAUACAUUCGCUGGAUGUAAUCAGCUGAAGGAGCUUCAUCUGGAAAACAACUUAAUCAAAGAACUCCCGCCUGGAAUUUUCAACGAUCUUGAAAACUUGGAAAUGUUAUUUCUACAAAACAAUCUUUUAACAACCAUUCCUGAGAAACUAUUCGAUACACAACUAAAUUCUCAAAGUUUAUCAAUUCUUGAUCUUUCAGAAAAUUUUUGGUUUUGCGAUUCUAAACUUUUGUAUUUAAAGAACUUUCUGCUUAGUACAACAGCUGAAGUUACGAUCAAUAAUUGUGAUGGACCUAAAAGUCUUGCUGGUAGACCUAUAAAGGAUCUUUGGUGCAAUGUUGACUCAUGUAUGAUUUAUUGUGAGUUUACGGCUAGAUUGGAGUUGCUGAAAGAACUUGAGGAUAUUGAUAUGUCUUCAUGCACAGAAGUUGAAUUACAUCUAAAGUAUCACACCUUCAAUGAAGAAACAUUAUCGGAUCAAUGGUUAUCACAACUAGAUUUCAGCAUACACAAACUGACUAUUGCUCAUUCAAACAUAAAAAGUAUCAAAAAUGGAACAUUCAAUUCGAUUUUAUUCGAGAAUUUGAGAGAACUGAUAAUUGAUCAUAACAACGAGACUGAUUUAGUCAUAGAACAGGAUGGAUUUCUUGGAUUGAAAUCAAUUGAAGUUCUUAAGAUUGAAAGAACAGCUGGAUUAUCUUUAAACUCCGAAAAUAAUAUAUUGGAACCAAUCAAAGUUACACUGAAGGAGAUUUCUGUCAGUUACUUAAUAGAACCUUUCAAUCCAAGAUUGUUGUUCGAAAAUACAGAACUGCUGAACUUGAAGGUUCUUCAUCUAACAGGCAAUAAAUUUGAAUUCAUUGAGUUUACAUCCACAACCUUUGAAGGACUUCAUGAGAAUCUUGAGGAAAUAUUUAUAGUCAAUUCUGAAGUUAUAAAUAUUACAACAGAUGCCUUUUCUGGAUUCAAGAAUUUAAAAAAUAUCAACUUAUCUGGAAGUUAUAUUGAAUCGUUGGAUGGUCAAUUUUUCGGAAGUAAUUCUGAUAAAAAAUUAGUGUCAAUAAAUCUGUCAAAUUUAAAACUGAAGAACAUUGAGAUUGACACGUUUAAUGGCUGCAAACAGUUGCUUAAAUUGAGUUUGAGUGGUAAUUCCAUAGAAUCUUUAAAUCCUGGACUAUUUGAUGACUUAGAAAAUUUGGAAUUUUUGGACUUACAAGACAAUUUGUUAACAAAUAUUCCCGAUAAUUUAUUCAAAACCCAACUUGAAUCAGAGAAUCUAAAACUAAUAAAUUUCACAAAUAAUCCAUGGAAUUGCGACAUCGAGAUUAUUCAUCUAAAGCAGUUUUUGAUCAAAACGGAAGCAGAAAUUCUAAUUGAUGGUUGCGCUAAUCCAAAUCUUUAUGGAGAGGAUAUAAAAGAUUUGUGGUGUAGACAAAAGGAAUGUCAACUGAUUUGUGAAAAAACUGAUGAUACCACGUUGCCAGAAAAUUGUGAUGCAACUUCAUUUUAUCUGAUUUCACAUCAUUUCGUCAACCGAACAAUAAGAAACAAUUCUUUAUCAGACAUUAAAUUUAACGUCGAUAAAAUGCACUUUAAGGGAACAGAUAUAGAGUCAAUAGAGAAUAAUGCAUUUAAGUUGACAGUUUUCGAAAACCUUCAGGAAUUAAAAAUCAGUAAAUUUACAAAAUAUUCAUGCUAUAUUAAUCAAUAUGGAUUAAGUGGAUUGAAUUCAAUUAAAGUCAUCACAUUUGAAAGUUUAAAGGGAUUGAAAACUUUCACAUCUUACAGCAUAUUUUCAACUGUUCAAAAUACAGUUAAAGAAAUAACAGUCAAAGGAAUUAUUGAGCCAAUUAAUGUUUUUCAGAUGUUUAAUAAGCCAAACUUUACGAAUCUCCAAGUUAUAAUGUUAUCAGAGAAUAUUUUAAAUUCUGAAAUAAAUACACAAACUUUUAGAGGUGCUCAUGAAACCUUGGAAGAAAUUUAUUUGCGUCAUACGAGGAACGUAACAACAGGAUCUGAUGCAUUUUCUAUGUUUGAGAAUUUAAAGAUUGCUGAUUUUGAAGGAAGUGAUUUGUAUUCCCUUGAUGGUCCAUUCUUUGGAAACAAUCCAGAAAAAAAUAAAAUAAAGUCAAUCAAUCUUUUCAAUACUAAACUAGAGAGUCUUGGUAAUGAAACAUUUGUUGGAUGUAAGCAGUUGACAGUCUUGGAUUUAAGCAACAAUUCGUUAAGUUUUAUCGAGACAGGAACAUUUGACGAUCUUGAAAAUUUAGAAUAUUUGCAUCUUCAAAAUAAUUUAUUAGAGUCAAUUCCAAAGAAUUUAUUUAAAAUUCAACUGGAAGCUGAUAAGUUAAAAUUUAUGGAUUUGUCAAGCAAUCUAUGGAUGUGUGAUGGUUCCAUAACUUACUUGAAACAUUUUUUGGAAUUUACUAAAGCUGAAAUAAUAAUAAAUGGAUGUGUUGGACCUGAAAAAUUCCUCAAUCAAACAAUUAAGGAUUUCAUCCAAAAGCUAUCCAUAGACAAAUCACCAAUUGAAGUAAUAAAUGAAAACGCAUUCAAUUCUAAAGUUUUUGGAACCUUAGAAAGUUUAGUGAUGACAAGAAACUUUAAUUCAUGCUUUAUUACUUCAACUAGUUUUGCUGGACUUGAUUCCAUUGAAUUUAUAGAAAUCGAUCAAUCUCCUGUGAUUUCCUGGAUUUCUACAGCAUAUGUGUUUGCGCCAGUCAGGAAGACACUUAAAGAGUUGCGAUUAACAAACAUAAAGGAAUAUUUUAAUGCUGGUGAACUAUUUGAAAAGACGCAAUUUGAGAAGUUAAAAAUUUUACGUCUUGAUGGAAAUGACUUUACAUGGCUGAAUGAAUCAUAUUUUGCUGGAACUCAUGAAACUCUUGAGGAAAUGCAUUUACGUGGAUCUAAAAUAUCAAAAUUAAAUGCAAACACUUUUUCAGGAUUUAAAAAUUUGAAACUGAUUGAUCUUCGAGAUAAUAAACUUACAACUAUGGAGUCUAGUGUCUUUGGAGAUGGAGUAAUUGAUGAUAAUUUUAAAGUUUUAAUCUCCGGCAAUGAAUGGAACUGUACAUGUGAUAUUGAGUUCUUAUUGGAUUUUAUAGCUGAUGAAGUAAAUGUAACAUGCAAAUCACCAGAUGAACUAGCUGAAAAAAAUAUUUUUGAUCUAGAGGAAAUUUGUGUUGUGCCGACAACGACUACAGAAGAACCAACUACAACAACAUCUUCAACAACCCCGACAACAUCUACAACGGAAGAAUCAACAACAACAACAACUCAAAAACCAACUACAACAACCAAGAAACCCACAGACAGCACUAAAAGUGAUGCUAAUCUAACUUCAGAUGUAUCAACAACCCCAGAAACUUCUCCUACACCAACAACAGUCUCUUUGUCACCAUCAACAAGUACACCAAGUACUACAACAUCUAUUGAUGUGACAACAACAUCAUCAACACCUGAUACAGCAACAACAACAACAACAGAAGGACCAGAAAACUCAGGAACAACCACAACAGUCUCAUCAGAGCCUGAUUAUAAUACAACGACAUCUGAAAACCCAGAAGUCACUACUCCGAGUGGUUCAUCUACAAGACCGACUACAACUUCACCAAAAAGUCAAUCUACGCCCAACUAUAUCACCUGUUAUGAUCCCGAUAAUCCUGAAAGUACAUCACAAUCUCCUUGGCAUUAUGAUUUUCAAUCACGAUACUUGCCAUCAAAUGUACAGAUUCCACUAGACAGACCGCAUUAUGAGUUUAAAUCUAUUAAAACUAAGGUGGGGACAUUAAAUGAAGUCAGCAUCGAAAUCAAUGAUUUUCCAUUUGGAUCAAUUUUAUUGUAUUAUCCGUCAACUGAUGAUCCAUUUGCACCAGAGAAGGUAUAUGAUGAGAGGUAUUCAAUCAGAUGUCAAACUGUGACCAAAACACUGAUUUUUGUAAAGAAUUUAGCUCCAAAUGUCAUUUACAACUUUUGUCUAAUCAUCAAUGUAUCCAAUUAUCAGCUUCCAUAUAUUUCACCAUUCCAAUGUAGAUCAUAUGAAAUAGAAGUUGGACAGCCAUGGCUGUAUGAAGAACAGAAAACUGUAAUUUUGACGUCACUUUCGUUGCUUAUCAUAAUGGCAUUAAUAGUUGGCAUAAUCAUGACAUAUUGCUUGAUAAGGCAAAUUCCAACAUUGAUAAAAGGCAGCAAGCGUGUGGUUUUAGUAAAUAAUCGAGCAAGGGAGGUAAUGAUUCUUCCUAGAAACAGCACACAGUCAAGCAGUCAAUCGGUUAGUAGUUCUUGUCAUAAAGAGGCAGUUACUCCGAUUCAUAAUGAAGCUCCGACUUAUUUGACGCCAUUGCCAAGGCAGUCGUUUGAUCAAAGACCCCCAUUCCAUCGAAGUUCAUCAGACACCAGUCUUAAAAGCUACGUCUCAGUUUCCCGUCUACCACCACGCUUCUCUCAAGUUUAUCAACGAGAUGACUUUGACACUGCAUGCUUUAAACAUCAAAUGAGUUAUCCUCAUUGUCCACCAACAGCUCCUUAUCAGCCAUUAUCAGACAUACCACCACCACUACCAAGACGUUCAAUUGUUUCUAAUUCAUCAUCGACACAGCACUCGUGCGCUUCUACAGCUGAACUUGGACGGACAAUGUCAAGAGCUCAUAACUCAACAUAUAGACGACAUCCACGUCCGAUUGAGAUUGAACAAGAAAAUCAUUAUAAUGUAAUAAUUUAAAUGAGGAUUUUAAAAAAAAUAAUAAUUUUUUAACCCACACAUAAAUAUUCAUAAAUUAUUAAAACUGCACAAUUUUUAAUGAGACGAACGGUAGAAAAAAAGGUAGUCGAAGCAAUAAAACGAAUGAUUGAACUGCAAUCAGGGAUUUAACAUCGAAAUUUUUGAAAUCAUAAAUUAUAUUUGAAUAAUUAUCUAUUAUUAAUGAAUUGCGCUGAGCAUGAAAUAAAUAUUAAAAUACGAUUUAUUAAUUGCACUGAUUGUUGACUUGAAUUAUGACUAAAUGAGUUUUGGCAUAUUUUUCACUCUCAAUGCAUAAUGUUUUUUUUUUGUGUGGCUAUAAUAUUAUAUUCUGUACAUUUACUUUAAUUAUCUCAAUAAAAUUUUUUGAAAGCUGUUAAAUUUAUUGACAAAAAUAUUAAAUUCAAUGUUUGUUGGUUCUUUUGAUGAAAAAUGAAUAAUUGCUUUAGGGUCGUCUGUAAAUGAAGUUUCAGUAUGAUUUGUUGCUCAGUGUGUAGC